GAGAGAAACCCCUUUGAACGCUCAUAGUUAUUUGAAAAAAUUGUAUUUAAAACACCAUAGUUGGGACUGGAAGGUCCCCGAUUCAUUUCUCAGAAAAAUGGCCAAAUCAGAAGAGGAAUUUUUGUCGUAUUUACCUCACGAUUUCAAGGAAUAUAUGGACAAGGAACUGAACUAGUUGCCAGUAAGAGAUCAUUCUCCUUUGUACAAAGGAGAGGUUUUCUGGAGCAGAGAAAAUGACAAACCCCAAAGUCCUUAUACUCUCCUGACGGCGAUAUUUCGAACUUAAACAAGACCAUCAGAGAUUUGCUUUACAGAAUUAUUACGGUAUUGGGCUGCUUAUCCGAUAUUAGUUCAAUUUUGGGCACCCAUAACAACAAAAGAGGGCCGGUCUUUUCUUGCAACUCGAAACCAAUCUCUCUCUCUAACAAAUCAUUCUUCAGGACUUUGUAAGUAUAGAAUGAUCUCUAUGGCUUAUAAAUUUGACAUUAUUUGGGUGGGGAGACUUCUGAACAACACAUUGGGCUUCCUGGCAGAGUGUUCAAGCAUCAAUUCCCCGAAUCCACUCCCAAUGUGGAGUAUUACUCUAUCACAGAGUAUCCACAGUGCGACGAUGCUUUACGGUGCGGAGUUCGACAAUCUUUGGCUUUCCCGGUCUCUGAAUCUUCUCCCAAAGAAGAAAGGUCUGAAAUGUGCAAUUGGAUUUGAUCACAGUGACAUGGAAUCAGAUGAGGAUGAAAAUGAGGCUCGUGCAAUUGGCUUGGAUGAAAUCAAGAACGUGUUGAAAAUGGUAUGUGAUGUUCAUGACUUACCUUGUGCUCAGGCAUGGGUCCCAUGCAAGGUAGGUUGCACAUGCAGGGCUCUGGUUGAUGGUGGCAUCCUUGGUGUUAGUUGUCGAUACAACAAAUAUAAAUACGGUCAUGGUUUUCAUGGGGUCAGUUCUUUGUUUCACUUAAAGAAAGGGAAGGGGGUUGUUGGGAGAGCACUGUUGUCCACUAAUAUGGUAUUCUGCAGGGAUGUAACUCGACUUAGCCUAGUGAGUACCCCUUGGCACACUAUGCAUGAAAGGCUAGAUUAAGCGGUUGCUUCACAAUAUGCUUGGAGAGCAAUUGCAUUGGAAAUGAUGUUUACGUGCUAGAGUUUUUUAUGCCAACGAGCAACAAUGCCAGUGAAGACCCACGUACUUCGCUAAGGAAAAUAUUGGAAACAAUGACGAAAAAUUUUUGUUGUCUUAGGGUUACUUCUAGAGAAGAACUUGGGGUUGAAGAAUUUAGUAUUCAAAAUGGCGAGAAACUUGAUCCUGUUCAAAUUCCCCAAACUACUAUAUCCUUGCCUCAGCUGGAACUCUCACAAAAUGAAGUUGAGGUAAUGCAAGUGGAUUCAUUAGAUCAACAAUUAGUGAAUGCCAUAAAUACUGGAAGCAAUGUUGGCUGUACAGAGCAUAACAACUUUGUUAUUACUUGUACGCAAGAGAAAAGCACAGUAAAAGUGUCACAAAGAAAAGGCAACAAAUCUGGAGGCACAGUAAAGACGUCAAAAAGAGAUGGCAACAAUAUCGGAGUUAAAAUUAAAAUUCCGAUAGAGGAUAUCCUACAAAAUUCAGAAUUGAGCCUUGAGAAUGCUGCAAAAAGCCUCAAAUUUAGCAAAUUUACAUUGAAGCGUGUGCCUUAUGGUAUAGAGAGGUGGCCACCUCGUGAGAUAAACAAGGUUGGUUGCUCUCAACUCAAUGAAUCUGCCCCAUGUGUUAAUUCUGAUCAUCUGCCUUCCACUCAAUCCUCGGCUACUAUUGUUCACACCAAGCCACAUGAUACAACGAUGCAAGAUGCGAAUAUUAUGACUAUAAAAGCAAAAUAUGGAGAAUGUAUUACAAUGAAAUUUCGUCUGUCUUUGUCAUCAAGAUUCGUACAGUUGCAACAAGAAGUGGCUAAAAGGCUAAACUUAAAGGCUGGAACUUAUUAUGUCAAGUAUGAAGAUGAGGACGGUGAGUUGAUUUUAAUAGGUUGUGAUGAGGACUUGCAAGAUUAUAUGCGUGAUUCUAUAUCGCUGGGUAGAAGUUCUAUCGUGGUACUGCUUGAGCAAAAGUUGCCAAUUACUGAUAAUCAAUAAAUAAAUAUAUAUAUAUAUAUAUAUAUAAAAGUUGUCAAUUACCCACAGAACAACUAGAAUCUUGCUAAAUAUGUGCUUCCUGUUAAAUUGGCUUAACUUUAACUAAUGUAUGUAGUUAUCGUGGUAUUUCUUCUAUUCA